AUGGAUGCGAAGCCCAGCUAUCCAAUUAUUUACGACCACUCUGGACCUUCUUCAUCAAAAAGCUCAUGUCAUCGCUCGACAUCCGAUGGCUGCUUUGCAACACUCAGCAAACACCUUUGCACACUUCAAGCUAUUCCUCAAUCUUCAGAGCAGGCGACAGCCAUCGAUAUCCUUCUGAUACAAUCUCAAGGCAUCAUCCCUUCUAUGCGUUCUAUCUUCAAGUGCCAUCAUUGCAUGCGAGACCCACAAGCACUUUUCCUAGUCAAUAUGGUCUUGGCGCGCCUGUUGAAAUGGAGCAAUUUUUCUAUCUGUGCUUACGGAAAACGAUUCAUUUCAGCAGAGGUUCGCUUAGGCAAAUAUCAAAUUUCUGGAGAUUUUGGAACUACCGUUGCAAGAAUGUUGGUACAGACACAUCUGGCUGAUAUCAAGGCUGCUAUCCUUGAGUUUGAGAGCAUGGUUGGCCAUAGCCAGGACAAGGCAGAUGGUGCCUACUUGAGCCAACAGGCAAAAACACUUGAAUCAGAGCUGAAUAUGCUGGCUGAAAAGAUACAGAAAAUUUCAAAUUCUGGCAUUGUGUAG